AUGCGCCUAGCAAACGUUCUCUUGGUGUUGAUAGUCGUAUAUGUUGCAAGCGUCAGAGCCACAUUUGCGGCUUCUGACAAGUCCAGACUACUUGGACAAGCGACCUCCACGAAUGUCAGCGAUAGACCUCUAUCGAGCUACGACAAGAACAAUGGCGACAACACCAACACCGAAGAUCGAGCUACCAAGUUGUCUGAUGCAAUGCAACGGAUCAAGACGAUGUUCAGAAACUGGUACCAGAAAAGGCGCGACAUAAGACGACGAGAAGGCAACAAAGGAUCUGACUCAGGGGUCUGA